AGUGCUCCGCCUAGCAGCAGCUAGUACUCGUUCACGAAGACAACCUCUUGAACGAGGCAUAGGACGACGAGCAGCUCCAGUUUUCCUGUUCUGCCGCCUUUUUAAGAAGUUUCUUGCUGCAGUGAAUCAUAAUAGUGCUUCCUGCUUUAAUUCUGAGAGAGUGAGUGUGCGAGUGUGUGUGUAUGUGUGCGUGUGUGUUUGGUGUUUCUACGCUGCUCGCUCGUAGUGAGUACAUCGUCACACUAGAGUAAGUGAAAACAGAAGUUGUGGUUGCGUGGCUGCCGACCCUUUCGCGUGGCUUCGAUCUUUCCAUACCACAGCCGUGUGGCACCUUCUCUGAGCUGCAGUAUUUGUAAAAGGAACACAAACUUUGUUUUUCUUUCCUUUCAGUUUAACUUAAAAAGCAAAAGACGAUCUUUCCCUAAUCAUUUAAUCUACCUGUUUGGCGUCGCUGUCACGGCCUAUAUAUUUUCCUUGGCGGCAAUGCGUCACGGUGUUACGCAGCAGAUGGGCGGCAAGAAGCGCAGUCGCUCCCGCUCCGCCGAGAAGAUUCCAGGAUCGCAGAGCGAGGAGGAGACGACAACCGCCACGGCAACUUCCCUGACGCGAGAGAAGCACACGCAUCAUGCGACCAGCAGCGUGUCCGCCAAACACGGUAGCCAUAAGGCACCGAACGGCGGUCUCAAGCCGCCAGUCACCGCCACUCCUGCAGCAGAGACGGCAACGGUAGCAGCGCCGGCCGCCGCCGCACACGUCGUUGCUGCCGCUGCCACCUCCCCCACCAGCGGCAUGUCCGCUGAAGACCUCACCAUCUACACUUUAGUCACCAGCAUCUUGGCGGAUUGGCGAAGCGGGGUGACGCUGUUGAAGGAGGAAAUUAUCCGCACCAUUCUCCACCGUGUGCGCCCGAUUCUGAUGAGUCAACCGAUGCUGGUGCGGACGGAGGCCCCCAUUAACGUGUGCGGCGACAUCCACGGCCAAAUCACGGACCUUGUAGAAAUUUUUAAGGCAGGCGGCCUGCCACCCGACUCACGCUACCUUUUUCUGGGCGACUACGUGGAUCGUGGCAAGUACGGCACGGAGGUGAUUACGGUGCUGCUCGGUCUGAAGGUGCUGUACCCCAAGCGCAUCCACGUCCUGCGCGGCAACCACGAGACGGACAGCAUCUGCCGUAUUUACGGCUUCUUCGACGAGUGUAAACGCCGCUUCAGCGUGCGUCUCUUUAAGGAGUUCACGGACGUGUUCAACUGCCUGCCGGUGGCGGCGUUGAUUGAGGAGAUCGCCCUCUGCAUGCACGGUGGACUCAGUCCCGAGUUGCGCCACCUCCGUCAAAUCGAACAGAUAUAUCGCCCCUUGGUCGUACCAGAUGAAGGGCUGGCCUGUGACAUUCUCUGGGCCGACCCGGAGGAGGGCUCGAGCGGCUGGCAGCCGAGUGAGCGCGGGGUCAGUUUCACCUUUGGCGAGGACGUGGUGAAACGCGUGUGUGACAGCCUUGGCAUUGACAUUGUGCUGCGUGCGCAUCAGGUGGUGGACGAGGGCUACUCCUUCUUCGCUGGUCGCCGCCUGGUCACCAUAUUUAGUGCGUCGAACUACUGCGGCGAGUUCACGAAUAGCGGGGCGAUGAUGUUAAUGGAUGAGAACUGCAUGUGUAGCUUCCAGAUUUUCAAGCCGGAGUACUAA